GUCAUAUGUCAAAGUUAACCUAUUAUGCUAAUAUCGUUUACCGCACGUGUAUAUUUAUAGCCAGUUUAAAUCAUUUCUUAACUGUCUGUAGUAUUACAAACUUUAACAUGGCAAACGAUUUAGAAGCGAAAAUUAUUAAGCAAAUAGAAUACUAUUUUGGGGACAUAAAUUUACCGCGAGAUAAAUUCUUGCAAGAAAAAAUUAAAGAAGACGAGGGAUGGGUGCCUCUGGAGACUUUAUUAACGUUUAAACGGCUUGCCGCUUUAUCUACGGACAAAGAAGUAAUAGCGAAAGCCAUUGAAAAAUCUGAAGAUAAAAUUGCGGUAGUGAGCGAAGAUCACAAGAAAAUUAGACGUAAUCCAGAAAAACCUUUACCAGAAUUGAAUGAUGAACGUCGUAAGGAACUCAUGAAUAUGACAGCCUAUGUCAAAGGAUUUCCAUUAGAUGAAGACUUUGAUAAAAUUGUCUCUUUCUUUGAACUAUAUGGUCCAAUUGCCUCCUGUAAUAAACGUUGUACUAAAGAUCAUAAAUUUAAAGGCUCCUGUUUUGUGAUUUUCAAAGAUGUUGAAUCCUGUAAAAAAUUCAUUGAUCUCGAAAGUAUUAAAUAUGGAGAAACUGAAUUGAUAAAAAAAUUCCAGAAAGAUUAUUUUAACGACAAAAAGAAAGAAAUUGAAGAAAGGAAGAAAAACAAAAAGGAGAAUAAAUCUAAAUCAGAUGAAAAGUCAGAGAAAAAAUUAGAAUUUCCUAAAGGAGCUGUUUUGCAUUUCUCUGGAAUCGAGCAGGGCCAAACUUUAACUAGGGAAGAACUGAAAGAUAAAGUUAAAGAAAUUGGUGAUACUGAAGUACAAUUUGUAGAUUUUAGUAAAGGUGAUUUAGAAGGUUAUUUGCGUUUUCCGGCUGAAAAUAAUGCUGUGGAAUUCUUUAAUAAAGUAACUGACGCAACACUUGAAGUAAGCGAAUGUAAAUUGAAAUUGAAAGUUUUGGAAGGUGAAGAAGAAGAGGAAUACCUUAAAAAGAGUUCAGAUGCCAUCCUUGAAUUCAGGAAGAAACAGAAAAUGGGUGGAAGAAAUAACAGGAAACGUAAAGGCAAUUUUGGUGGCUAUAACAAGGAUUCAAAAUCUAAAAAAGUAGAUUAAAACUACAAUAUUUGUAAUAAUGAACUUGUUUAUAAACUUAUUUUUAUUUGUACUGAUGUAUUAUAUAAAAUGAUAUUUUUUUAUCAUGUUUUUUUAGAGAAAAAUACAAGGAAUUUGGAUUAGGUUGUAGAUUUUUGUCAACUAUUAUAAGUAGUUUCUUAAAAAAAAUUUAUUUUAUACUUGGGAGUCCAAUAGUUAAAUGAACAUAAACAAUAUCCCAGGUACUAAUUGAAUAAUUCAAGGGAUGUUGGGAGUUACAGGAAAAUGUGAUAUCACGUUAUCAUUUCCCAAGUAUGGAUUUUCAUUAAUUCUAUUGAAGGAACGGCUAAUAAUAGCUGAGAGAAAUCUGUGACAUAAUUCAGUUUUAAUCUGGAAGUUUUUCUCAAAUUAAUGUUAGCAGAAGCAGCCCUUUUAUUUUCCACAAAAUGUUUUUUAUUAAUAAAUUUACAUCUUGUAUA